AUGUACACACACAGACAUGCAUACACACAGAUACAUGUACAUACACAGAAUUACACACGCAUAGACACAUGUACAUACACACAGCCACAUGUAUAUACAUACACACAAACACACACAUGUACAUGCAGACACAUUUACACACACAUACAUGUAUAUACACACAGACACAUGUACAUGCAUACACAAACACACACACACAUGUACACACACACAUGCACACACACACACACACCCUAUAAAAAGUUGCAGUACUUCGUUGUUCACUCACAGAGCUGGGUACUGCACUCUAGGGGGAGGCAGAGAGCACAUCACACACUCCUUCCAUGGCAUUCACUGCGCUCAGCUAUUGAGAAGUCUGACAGCUCCCAGUGCCAAUGACAGAUCCAGCCUAGGCUCUGAGCCUGCUCAGCAAGACGGCCCUGGGGGACACACUCGCCCCCACCAUAAUUUCCAUUCGCCAUUGGCGAGCAGGCGAGUGGAAAUUUCAAGGCCUGCUUUAGAGGAU